AUGAGUCAUAUUCCAGGAGUAUUGUUCUUCUGGAAAGAUCCGGAAAGACCAAUUGAUAUGACACUUCUCCAGUCAGAUCAGUCCAAGAGUUUUGGUAAAGAAGAGCAUUUAUGCUAUUGGGAGAUCCGUUUGACUGGAAUAGCUGAGGAUAUUAUUUUAUCCUUCAGUCUUACUCUCAGAUUCAGCAGUAAUCAAUACUCAUUCACAACAAUCUUAAAGAUUGUUAAGAUAAUUAUAUCAUACUGCUGGAACAUCGGAGAGGUUGGAAUGUGGUAUUUCAGAGCUUUAGGACUUCCUACUAAAUUAGCUCCAUAUUUCUCUGACACAGUUUAG